AGAACCUGUCGUGUGUAUAGCAGGACUCGGCCAUUUGCAUCUGGCGACUACCGUAUUCCUCCGGGGCUCCACGCCGGCUCACCGGCGACCACUCCCCUGCCCGGGGCACCUGCUCCGCCCGCUCCUUGCCGCCCCCGCCCCCUCCCCGACCCGGCGCGCCCCCUGCUGCCGCCACUUCUCCUUGUGACGGCAACCUCCUCGGCCUCCUCCGUUCCGCUUCUUCUCGUAGGUGCCACUUUGAAUGGUUCGGUAGGUGUUCGCCGGUUUGAUCAUGGUGUACAGCAAGGUGGAGGUGAACUUGAGAAGGCUGCUUGAGGCGGCUCCUCGGCAGCAGAAUCAUGCUAAGCUUGUCCAUUACAUAACCACAGCGAGGGAGCUGCUGGAGCAGCUUGGAGCAGAAAUUACACCGGAAGGGACAUCAAGCGUUUCAAAAGCCAAGCUCAGUGAGUAUUCAGAAAAGAUUGAAGCACUAGCUAUCCAGCUCGCUGCUCCAGUGCCUGAAAAUGAAAAUCCGGUUGAUGAGAGCAGAGAAGAGGAAAACUCUUACGAAAAAGAAAAGGUCGGAAGUCCAAUAUCCUUAUCAUCAGGAUUGCGAAGGAGAUCAAUGGCUCAUGCAGAGGUUGGACCAAGCAGUCAUGAGAGAAAAGAAAGAGAUACUGGAGCACCUAUUAAAUUGGAUGCAGAAGCACAGGCUCACAUUGAGAAGCAUAGGAAGCUGCAAGAAGAUCUGACAGAUGAAAUGGUCGACUUAGCACGGCAGCUGAAGGAAAGUAGUAUGUUAAUGAACCAAUCCGUGCAAGAUACGGACAAGAUCCUUGAUUCCACGGAGAGAGCCGUGGAGCAUAGCUUGGCAAGCACCGGUCGGGCGACGGCGCGAGCCUCGGAGGUCUACUCCCUGGCCUCCAAGACAACCUGCUUCCAGUGGUUGCUCAUCUUUAUGAUGACCUGCAUGUUUGUCAUGGUGGUUCUGCUCAUACGGGUCACCUGAUGUCGCCGUGGCCCCUGAAAACAGUGCCAUCAGUAGCCGUUAAGAUGGCAGUGGCACAAUCUUGUAAACAAUGCUUACAUGAACAUAAACAUUUACCUGUAUUCAGUAGCCCCUGAAAACAGUGCCAUCAGUAGCCCCUGAAAACGAGCAUCGCUUGAUCUCACCGUCGUUAUGGCAAGUUUGCUGAAAAGAGUUAUUCUAUUGGGAAAAUGCCUGAGCGUACAGAGACCCAGGUGCUGUUGCCGACUGUCAGGUUCUUAAAAGCACCGAAUAUUUUUGUGCGUGUGUAUUUUCUGAUAAAGUGUGAAUCAAGAAAUUUUCGGUUUAAACAAA